GGCUGUUACAGUUUCCUGAUAAACAGGAAAUCAUAAUUACGGGAGUUUCCCUCUGAUCUGAUUGGUUGAUGCUUCAAACACCAGAAACGUUUUACAGAUUAUACUUCUGUUUGUUUUCAUUAUUAAACUCAGACUGAGGAAGAAGAGAUGAGUGAUGAAGAGGAGGAGAUGAGUGAUGAAGAGGAGAGCUGUCAGUCAGUGAAGAGUCACCGCUCCAAAGAUUCACCUGAAUCCUUCAGACAUGAACCUCCAGACACAAAAGAUCAGCGCGACACUCAUAGAGCAGAUUCUUUACCACCCAGUUGUCUUUCUGUGAAGAGUGAUGUCUCUAAAGAAGAGCCUCCAUACUUCAGUGAUGAACCUGGACCCUCAGACUCAAAAGAUCAGCACUACACUCAUAGAGCAGAUUCUUUACCACCCAGUUGUCUUUCUGUGAAGAGUGAUGUCUCUAAAGAAGAGCCUCCAUUCUUCAGUGAUGAACCUGGACCCUCAGACUCAAAUACUCAGGAGCAGCUGUCCUGCUGUUUGUGUCAGGACGUACUGAAGGAUCCAAUCUCUACCAGCUGUGGACACUGGUUCUGCAGACAGUGCAUCACCUCAUACUGGGACCAGUCUGCUUCAUCAGGAGACUCCUCCUGUCCCCAGUGUGCAGAAAGAUCCAGAACCAGACCUGGACUGCAGACAGACAGUCAGACCAGCACUGUACAAAUAGAUGGUCUGCAGGAGGUUUUAGAUGAACAUCAGAUCAGUCUGAGCAGCACAUGUGAAUGUGUGACUCAAGAAACUGAUGAAGCAGGAACUAAAACCUUCCUCAUCAGCAUCUUCACUGAGGUCCACAUCACAGAGGGACAGAGUGAAGAGGUUAAUACCCAACAUGAGGUGAGGCAGCUUGAAACAGCUUCCAAGAUGAAGACCCUCCAUGACGCUCCAAUCAAGUGUCAGGACAUCUUUAAAGUCUUACCUGACCAACAGAAACACAUCAGAGUGGUUCUGAUGAACGGCGUCGCUGGUGUUGGAAAAACCUUCUCAGUGCUGAAGUUCACUCUGGACUGGGCACAGCGCUCCAACAACCAAGAUAUCAGUCUGCUGAUUCUGUUCUCGUUCAGGGCGCUGAACUUGAUCAAAGAUGAGCAGUACAGUCUGCUCAUGCUGAUCCAUGUUUUCUAUCCAACAUUACAGAAGCUCACAGCAGAGAAGCUCGCUGGCUGUAAAGUUCUGUUCAUCUUUGACGGCCUGGAUGAAAGCAGACUUUCACUGGAUUUCAACAACAGUGAGGUCGUGUCUGAUGUCACACAUCCGUCAUCAGUCAGCGUGCUGUUGACAAACCUCAUCCAGGGGAAGCUGCUUCCCUCGGCUCUCAUCUGGAUAACUUCCCGACCUGCAGCAGCCAAUCAGAUCCCUCCUUCAUGUGUGGACAGGGUAACAGAAGUACGAGGCUUCACUGACGCUCAGAAGGAGGAGUACUUCAGGAGGAGAUUCAGUGAUGAAGAGCAGUCCAGCACAAUCAUCUUACACAUCAAGACAUCCAGGAGCCUCCACAUCAUGUGUCACAUCCCAGUCUUCUGCUGGAUCACUGCUACAGUUCUGGACCACAUGUUGACUACAGACCAGAGAGGAGAGCUGCCCAAGACCCUGACUGACAUGUACUCACACUUCCUGCUGGUUCAGACAAAGAGGAAGAAGAACAAGUAUGAUGAGGGACAUGAGACGAGUCCACAGGAGCUGACGGAGGCUGACAGGAACCUUCUUCUGAAGCUGGGGAGGCUGGCGUUUGAACAACUGGAGAAAGGAAACAUCAUGUUCUACCAAGAAGACCUGGAGCAGUGUGGUCUUGAUGUGACAGAGGCCUCGGUGUUAUCAGGAGUUUGUACACAGAUCUUCAAAAGAGAGAGUGUGAUCUUCCAGAAACCAGUCUACAGCUUUGUUCAUCUGAGCAUUCAGGAGUUUCUGGCUGCAGUCUACAUGUACCACUGUUACACCAGCAGGAACACAGAGGUACUGGGUGACUUCCUGGGAGAUGAAGAAGAAGAAGAAGAAGAGGAAGAAGAAGAGGAAGAAGAAGAGGGAGAAGAAGAGGGAGAAGAAGAUGGAGAGGAAGAUGACAAUCAUUACCCAUCUCUGGAUGACUUCCUGCAGAGAGCCAUGGAGAAAUCUCUCAGGAGUGAAAAUGGCCACCUGGACCUGUUUGUCCGCUUUCUUCAUGGCCUCUCUUUGGAGUCCAACCAGAGUCUCUUAGGAGGCCUGCUGGGUCAGACAGACAACAGUCCAGAAACCAUGCAGAGAGUCAUCAACCACCUGAAGAAGAUGAACACUUGGCUUAUCUCUCCUGACAGAAGCAUCAACAUCUUCCACUGUCUGAUGGAGAUGAACGACCGCUCAGUACAUCAGGAGAUCCAAGAGUUCCUGAAGUCAGAGAACAGAUCAGAGAGACUCUCUGAGAUCCACUGCUCAGCUCUGGCCUACAUGCUGCAGAUGUCAGAGGAGGUUCUGGAUGAGUUGGACCUGAAGAAGUACAACACAUCACGGGAGGGUCGACUCAGACUGAUUCCAGCUGUGAGGAACUGCAGAAAGGCUCAACUUCAUGAAUGUUGGCUCUCAGAGACUCACUAUGAAGUUGUUGCCUCAGCUCUGAAGUCCAACCCCUCCCACCUGAGAGAGCUGGACCUGAGAGGAAGCAAGCUGCAGGAUUCAGGAGUGAAGCUCUUGUCUGCCGGAUUGGAGAGUCCACAAUGUAGACUCGAGACUCUUUCACUUGCUAAUUGUGGACUAACAGAGAACAGCUGUGUUUCUCUGACCUCAGCUCUGAAGGUCAACCCCUCCCAUCUGAGAGAGCUGGAGCUGAGCUCGAACAACCUGCAGGAUUCAGGAGUGAAGCAGCUGUCCGAGGGACUGGAGAGUCCAAACUGCGGACUGAAGAGACUGAAACUUAACCACUGUGAACUGUCAGAGAGCUCCUGCUCACAUCUGGCCUCAGCGCUAACCUGCAACCCCUCCCAUCUCAGAGAGCUGGAUCUGAGCUACAACAACCUGCAGGAUUCAGGAGUAAAGUUACUGUCCCUUGGACUGGAGAGCCCACACUGCAGACUGGAGACUCUGUGGUUGAAGAACUGUCUGAUGACAGAGGACAGCUGCUUAUAUCUGGCCUCAGCUCUGAAGGGCAACCCCUCCCAUCUGAGAAGACUGGAUCUGAGUGUCAACAAGCUGCAGGAUUCAGGCCUGGAGUCACUGUCUACUGGGCUGGAGAGUCCAAACUGUGGACUGGAGACUUUAUGGUUGAAAGACUGUCACAUCACAGAUAAAGGCUGUUCAUCUCUGGUCUCAGCUCUGAAGUCCAACCCCUCCCAUCUGAGAGAGCUGGAUCUGAGCCUCAACAAGCUGCAGGAUUCAGGACAGAAGCUGCUCUUUGAUUUUCAGGAGAAUCCAGACUGCAACCUGAAGACUCUGAGGUUUAAAUAAAGUUGGAUUGUACAGAGGACGUCGUUCAACUGUUGCAUCUGAACUCAUAUUCAUCAAAGACGUC